GAUGGUUGGUUCACUGGAUGGAUGGGUGGAUGGAUGGAUGGAUGGAUAGGUGGACGGGUGGAGGGAUGUAUGGGUGGAUGGAUGGAGAGGCAGAUGGUCAGACAGAUGCCUAACAGCCUGUCUGGCUAGACAGAUGGUCCAACUACUUCAGGCAGGCAGGUGUGGAGAGAGAAGGACGUUCUCCUGGCUCCUCCACCCUCCAGGGCUGCCCUGGGCCCGCCCCGGCCCCACCAGACCCAGCCCAGCCACCACCUCUGCUUGGGGACGUCCUGAGGAGGAAGAGGAGGAGGCAGCCGGGGGAGGAAGCAGCGCCGGCCCUGCUCCCGCAGCAUAGAGUCCUGCAGGUCAUGGGGUGGCUGGGAGGGGGAAAUUUGGGGAAAAGAAAACAUUUCUUCUGGAAGUGAGUCAUGGCCGCACUCUUCCGCCCUGGAGGAGAUGUUAUUUCUGGGUUGUCCCCCCGCGCCACCACCGAACCCUCUGACCGUGCAAAUUCAGCACGAGGCGAUUCCUUCUGCUCAUGCCGGCGACUUCUGGUGGUCACCAAACUCAGCGAGAUCGCACCGCGUCUCAAGCAGCUGAUCAAAUCUGUUCAUUUUUACAGGGUAGGAAAAGCCCCCGCCGGUGCCAGGCUCCAUCCGCCGGGGGUGCAAAGGGGUUCGCACUGGGUGCCGCCAGCAGCGCCGAGGCCACGCCGGGCCCCGUGGCAAUGCCGGCCGGGGCCGUGCCAGCGGGGCUCUCCUGCGGCGGUAUUGCAUAAGCCUGACACGGCAGUGAGGGCAGCGCUGCCUGCACCGCUGCCCGCGCUGAGCUUCCGCUGCCCUCGGCCCCCGCGCCCUUGGGCAACACCCAGGGCCCCGCGCGGGUCGCGGCGCGGCUGUUUGGCACCGGGCGGUUGCGUUUCCUCCCUGGGGACACCCGUGGGUGCUGCAGAGGCGCUGAACUGCGCCGCCCUGCGUCCCCCAGUUGUCACCCAGAGGGGUGGGUGGGUGUGAGCAGACAGACGGACGGACGGACGGAGCGUCCCCCGGAGCAUCGCCCAGCGCCGUGGCCGGGCACGGUCCCCAGCCAUGCCGGGAUGCUCCACGCUUCCUGGGCUUCCACCUCCCUCCUUCCCAGGCCGGAUUUUUGGCUCCCGUGGCCGGACUUGGGAUGUGAAGCCCCCGUGAUGGGACACGGGUGUCCCCACAUGGCUGACAUCCCCGUCCCCGGGUGCCGGCCCCGCUGCCGCCGCCGCCUUCCUUUGCAUUUGGGUUUUGGGGCAGCUGAGGCCGUUUUCAGUUCCACCGGCCAGUUGGGUGCCGAACGGUGAAACUGGGGUGACUGGAAGCAGUUGGAUCCAGGCCGAGCAGUGGGUCUGUGGACUCCCAGGGCUGGACCCGCCGGGACUCCCUCGAGGAACUGAAUCGAAGAACAACCCAAUUGGCCAGCCGGCCGGCGGGCAUCAUUUCCUCCUGGCCCCACGGCUCACCCCACUCAUUGCCCCCCGCCCACAGGUCCAUUUUUAUCGGGCAUUCUGCCGUGCCAUGGUGAACUCCUUAAGGGGCGUGGGGGUGAAUUGGUGCACUUUAAAAGGCGAGCUUCCCCAUUGCCGAGCAGUAAGGAAGUCACUCGCGCGCCCGGCAGCCCCGCGCCGAAACAGCCUGCCCCGGCCAUGCGGUGCAACGGGCGGCCCCUGGGCGUGCUGGCAGCUGUCACCAAAGGGCUCUUCAUCCUCUGGGCAGUGCCGGGCCAGGGGGGGCGGCCCCUGCAGCCCCCCACCCUGCAGCAGACCCAGGCGCUGGUGAGGCACAUGGCCGAGGACGCGCAGGAGCUUUUCAUCUUCUACGAGGAGGACCAGCGCCUCACCAUCCACAACAACCUCUGCCGCACCAACCACCCGCCUGACUGGCUGCGGGGAUCGGCGACGGGGCCCAGGGGGCUGCGGGCUCUGCAGAGAACGAUGACACGCAUGGCCCAGGUGCUGCAGAACAUCACCCGGCACCAGCGUGACCUCAACCCCCCCGGUGCCGAAAUCCUUCGCCGCUUGGCCAGCACCCACCUGAAAGUGCGAGGGCUCCUCAGCAACCUGGAGGGGCUUUUCCUGUCCCCCAGCUCCCGCCCUGGCCGCCAGCCCCCACCCGGCCCCACGGCACCCACCAAGGUCUUCCGGCAGAAGCUGGAGGGGUGCCGGACCCUCUGGAGCUACUCCCGCUUCAUGGCCAAGCUCAGCGCCCAGCUGGAGGCCAGGAGCCGCCACAAGUGCCGGGAGAAGCGGAGAUCACACCGGGGCUCAGAGCUGCCCGCAUGCUCCUAGUGCAGCCCCGCUCCAUCUCCAUCUCCAUCUCCAUCUCCAUCUCCAUCUCCAUCUCCAUCUCCAUCUCCAUCUCCAUCUCCAUCAUGUCCAUCUCCAUCAUCUCCACCUCCAUCACCAUCUCCUCCUAUCUCCAUCUCCCUCAUCUCCAUCUUCGUCUUCAUCUCCAUCUCCAUCUCCAUCACCAUCUCCAUCACCAUCUCCAUCUCCAUCUCUGUUCCUGGGAUGGAGACUCACCGGCUGGCCGGGACGCACCACGGAGACCCUCUGAGCUUGCACCGGUGAGGACACAAGCAUUCUCGAAGCAGCUCCUGUCACUUGGGCUUGCUGUGGGGACCGUGCCGUCCCCGUGCCACCGUGCUCAGCUGUGGGACAGCCCCGCUCCGCUCCUGGGAGCUCCCCCGCAUCCUGCCCCACGUUUCGGCAGCGCUGGUGCCACGGGGUGUCCCCCGGUGCCCAGCGCUGCGGGACGGAGCCGAGCUCUGCCGCAUUUUCCAGUGACUCAAUGGGUCCGGUGACCCAGCCUGACUAAGAGCCGCUCGCCCAGCACCCGCCACGCUGCCAGCAGGGUGCGGCCCUGGCCCAUGGAGAGUGCCACCAGCACCGGUGCGUGCCGCCGGUGUGGUCACCUCCUGCCUGCCUGUCCCUGCCUGCCCUGCGCUGGGUUUGCUGACCCUGCAGAGUGCCUGUGAGCAGCACCCUCUGUGCUCGCUGUCCCCAGGAGCUCGGGGUCCCCGUGAUCCCCGGGUCCCUCCAAGCUCACUGUCCCUGUGCUCGUCGCUGCGCCCCUCCCUGCAGGCUCAGCAUCCCCCAGCCCGCAGCGUCCCUGUGCUCCGUGUCCCCAUGUGCUCCGUGUCCCCAGGAGCUCGGCAUCCCCGCGCUCUCAGCGUCCCCACGCUCGUCCUUGUGCGCUCGGUGUCCCUGAACCUUCGGUGGCCCUGUGCUCUGCGUCCCCCCGGCCCCAAGCCCCUCGGGCCGUGCCACCGCAGGGUUCGGCUCCGGCCACCGCACUGUGACGGUGGGUGAUGGCACCCACCCCCCCCCUUCCCACUUAUUUAUACGUUGAUAUUUCUGUGGAUAUUGUAUUUAUUGAACCUUGGGGUUAA